AAAGCGCUCUCCCAUGUUGCGUAGCGGAGAGGACUCGCCACAGCCAAAGAGCGCUCUGCUGUCAGAGCGAAAGUGUCAGAGUUGCGGUAGCUCAGAAAGUGCAUGUGGCUGCGUUCGUCAGUGGAUACUGCGCUGACUAAGAGGAGUAGGAGCUGGAUAAACAUUUCAGAAGCCAGUCGAGGUGACCUAUAGAAAAACAACGCUUAGGAAAACAGGAGGCUAUUGUCAGGAAAGGUGCAACGAAAUAUUUAAAUAGACUUGUGAGCAAUGCACUGGCAGCAUGGCCAGAUGGUUCAGGGAACACCUAGGAUUCAAAACUACCAAAGCACCACCUCCGGCGCCCCCGAAACCAGACUACAGACAUUGUCACGCCGCUGUGACCGGUACACCUGGCUACCAACAACCAAGCUUCGGGGCCACCUCUCUUUAUCCAAGCCCCGCACAGCCGGACAUUCUUGCUGCUUACAAACUACAAAAGGAACUGGACUUCGAAGAUCCGUACACAGGAGGAAAUAUUUCGUUUGGAACUGGUCUGGGCUCUGGGGGGUCGCCGGACUUAAAGUAUGUGUCACCAAAGCACCGGCUUAUAAAGGUGGAAACAAUCGAGAAAAGCAACUCUGUUCCGGGCAGCGGUAUCGUAGGCCAAGCUGUUGCUGUUGGGAACGUUAAAUCUCCCACGUCACCGCCUCCUGAAAAGGAGAAUAAAGAAAAGCCUAUUAUCCUGGAUGAUUAUGCAGACCCGUUUGAUGCGGAGCAGGACGGGGGGACCCAGGCCACCACGGAGAAGGUGACCCAGGCCAGCACAGAGAACGAUGGCUACAUGGAGCCCUAUGAGGCCCAGAAGAUGAUGGCAGAGAUCCGCGGUGGCCGGGGGCCUAAGGAGGGGUCACUGAGGUCGCUGCCCCUGUACGACACGCCCUACGAGCCAGCUGAGAACGGAGGGGACUCAGACGGCGAGCGUCCCCGCUGCCCCAGAGAGAGUCGGCUGCCACAGGACGACGAGAGGCCCCCGGAGGAGUACGACCAGCCCUGGGAGUGGAAGAAAGAGCGCAUCUCCAAGGCUUUCGCAGCUCUGCUCUGUUCUGACUGCAUUAGCUACAAGGGCUCUGUAAGUGGCAGUGGAUCAGAACCAGAGACAAGGAUGGACAACACCUCUAAAUCCCUCACAGUAGAGAUUAAAGUGAUCAAGGAUCUGCCGUGGCCCCCUCCUGUCGGCCAGCUCAACCACAGUCCUGCGCUGGCCCUGCUGGAGGGGGUGGAGUCACCCCCCGCUCUGCCCCCCCAACCAGCCCAGCACUCCCCUGGGCACACUGCCUGUGACCAGCACCACCAUGUCCAGUUUGAAGGGGCGGAGAAGUCCAGAAUGUCGCCCACCAAGGAGGGUAAAGGAGGGCGUCCGCCCCGCAUCCACUCCAGUUGCUGUCUGGUCAACACCAAGAUGAGCUCUCUGGACCACUGCAGUGCUGCUCUGGGGGAACGCAUUGACCCCUCCUUGUCCCUGGAGAGCCAAUUCUGGUACCAUGGAGCGAUCAGCAGGACGGAUGCGGAGUCUCUGCUGAGGCUGUGUAAGGAGGCCAGCUACCUGGUGAGGAACAGUGAGACCAGCAAGAACGACUUCUCCCUCUCACUCAAGAGCAGCCAGGGCUUCAUGCACAUGAAGCUGUCGAGGACGAAGGAGAACAAGUACAUCCUGGGUCAGAACAGCUGUCCCUUCGACAGUGUCCCUGAGAUCAUCCACUUCUACUCCAGCCGCAAGCUGCCCAUCAAGGGGGCCGAGCACAUGUCCCUGCUCUACCCUGUGGCCAUCAGGACACUAUAGUGACACGUCUUUCCCCAAAGGUCACACAGGGGUCAGGGGUCAGAUGGCCUCCUGCCACCGCCCAUGGGAAACCCUGUCGCUCUGCCUUUCUCCUUGUGUCUGAUUGGUCUGAAGGACAGAGUUCAAGUUGGCGCAGGAGGCAGGGAUGAUGAUGAUAACACAGCUCACCUGUCAUCACCCACCUGAUCCCAGACCAACUAUUAACUUUUUGUUUGUAUUUGCUACAACAUUAUCAUUGCAUCAUUGACUGACACAUUAUCUGCUGACAAGGAUUCUUUGACUGAUCCCACAGCUGCUUCCUCAACAGUACCACUCUACCAAUCUCCUCCACACAAGACCUGUUCAUAUUGGAUUUGGCUCCAUGUUAUGCUGAAAGUGUUUAUUUAGUGAGGGGAAGCUAAAGAUUGUAAUGUCCUUUAUAAAGGAAGUGUGGAAGGCACGUUAAUGUAUCGGAGUUGGGUUAUAUAUGGGCACUCUACAGUGGCCUGCAAACUCAAUAAACCUGCCCUGCGUGAAUACUUUCCCCAUCAGUGCAACAACAGUUUAGUGUUUAAGUGCUGUACGGUCUACAGACUGACGUCUCUGUCUAUUCCCGGGACUGCAAUUUCUGAUAUCCUUCACCACGGGGGUCCCAUUGGUAGGACAGUGUAAGUACAGCUUUGGUUUCACAGUCAGCAGACUGAUAUAUGGAUCACUAUGUUACACAGCAGUAGCCCCAUUGGCCAAAUGAGCCAGAGAUGGGCGCCUAGUCUCAAAAUGGGCUAAAUUACCUUCCCAAUCCGCCAUCGUAGAAUAUCUUUGUAUGGGUAGAAUGGAAUAUGCCUGCAUUGUCUACCUCAGAAAAUCAAUUUCAUUCGUGAAUCUGCAGAUCAAUAGGUACAAUGGGAUUGCAGAUAUUGAUCCAACCCCCACCAUGCAACUCUGAUUCCCAACAAAUUGCAUCUAUGGUUUAAGAAUAUGUUUUUGCAUAAACCAGUCAAUCAGAUAAUGUUUUUGGUUCUUAUUUUUAAAACUACAUUUUACAGAUCAGCAUUUGUAUGUAUAGUCACUAUGAAAUUGUGUGAUGUCAGUAACAAAUGUUUGGUUAAUGCCUUAUAAUGCAUGGGUUGAAUCAGUCGGAUUAGAGCCGCUGAUUUCUAGAGUUCUGCUUCUUUCAACGAUUGUUCUGUGACUGUAAUUUAUUCUGGGGUAAUUCUUCUUAUUACAGAUGUGUUACCCCUCUCUGUGAAGGCCUGCCUCGCGGCAUCCGGCCCUCACUAUUCUCUGCCAUGUGUUUGGGCAGAGCCUGAAUACCCUGGGCCUGGCCUCAUAUACUGUGGUGCUUCGCUUUGUGUUUUAGUCAGUUCUGCUUCAUGUGUCCAACUGCCUCUGUGGCCUGACUCUGACUCUGAGACACUGAUGAGUAAUGGUGUCUCGUGACCAAUGGGAUUGUCAAGCCUCACAUAAUGACUGUCUGUAGAAACCCCAUGGACCAAUCGGAGGACUCCAUUUUCCUGAAUGAACUCAGACCUCCAGUCUGUCAUAACCCAUCUAUUUGUUGUACUUACUGUUGUAAUUACACACCUCAAAAUUGUUUUUUUUUAAUUCACUUUACUCUUGAUUUCCUCCAUUGUCUCUGUGUUCUAUCCUCUCUACCCACACGACCCUAUCUUGUUCUGGUACAGACCUUGAGGUUAGAGACAUUGCUUGAAGCCUCUCUUUGCUCUUUGAGUUUGACUUCUCCCCUGAACCACAGGGACUGACGUGUCCUUUAAUCUUAUUGUUAAUAAGGAGAGUGCUGAAGCAUGCUAUGCAAUCCCAUAGCCAGUAGGUGGCAUCAUUGCAGAUGUGGAAAUCUAAGGCUGUCCUCCAAUUGGCAUUUCCAGAGAAUUCUAUGAGUGUUUGCUGGAGGUGAAUUGAUUCUGUUGGUAAGAUAAGGGAACAAGUAAAGUAGGGUUGCAUACAGCAGCAAUGGUUCCCAAACCUUUUUUGGUUACUGUACCACCAACUGAAUUUUACUCUGCCCGGAGUACCACUGAAGGACCCCCUCAUGUGCAUUUUACCAGUAGGCCUAUGGUCUCAUGAGUCUUCUCAAGGUACCCCCCGUGGAUAGACCAAGUACCCUCCAGGGGUCCUAGUACCCCUGGUUGGGAACCACUGGCAUACAGUAUAUGACUCUUCAUGGCAGGUUUAGGAGUUUGUCAAUGUCAUGAUUAGACUAAUCCCACACUUUCAUGAGGUAACUGAUGUUGACGGAGAGGGCCAUUGUAUGUAAUGGAGGGAAAUUGUGCUCACAAUUAAUUAAUUAAAUAAAUAUAUCAGUACCAGUCAAAGGUUUGGACACACCUACUCAUUCAAGGGUUUUUCUUAAUUUUUUACUCUUUUCUACAUUGUAGAAUAAUAGUGAAGACAUCAACUAUGAAAUAACACACAUGGAAUCAUGUAGUAAGCAAAAAGUGUUAAACAAAUCAAAAUAUAUUUGAGAUUCUUCAAAGUAGCCACCCUUUGCCUUGAUGACAGCUUUGCACACUCUUGGCAUUCUCUCAACCAGCUUCAUGAGGAAUGCUUUUUCAACAGUCUUGAAGGAGUUCCCACAUAUGCUGAACAAUUGUUGGAUGCUUUUCCUUCACUCUGUGGUCCAACUCAUCCCAAACCAUCUCAAUUGCGUUGAGGUCAGGUGAUUCAGCACUCCAUCACUCCUUCUUGGUCAAAUAGCCCUUACACAGCCUGGAGGUGUGUUUUAGGUCAUUGUCCUGUUAAAUAACAAAUUAUUGUCCCACUAAGUGCAAACCAGAUGGCGUAUCGCUGCAGAAUGCUGUGGAAGCCAUGCUGGUUUAGUGUGCCUUGAAUUCUAAAUAAAUCACAGACAGGGUCACCAGCAAAGCACCCCACACCAUCACACGUCCUCCUCCAUGCUUCACGGUGGGAUCCACACAUGCGGAAAUCAUCCGUUCACCUACUCUGGGUCUCUCAAAGACACAGCGGUUGUAACCAAAAAUCGCAAAUUUGGACUCAUCAGACCAAAGGACAGAUUUCUACCGGUUUAAUGUCCAUUGCUUGUGUUUCGUAGCCCAAGCAAGUCUCUUCUUCUUAUUGGUGUCCUUUAGUAGUGGUUUCUUUGCAGCAAAUCGACCAUGAGGGCCUCUGAACAGUUGAUGUUGACUUGUGUCUGUUACUUGAACUCUGUGAAGCAUUUAUUUGGGCUGCAAUUUCUGAGGCUGGUAACUCUAAUGAACUUAUCCUCUGCAGCAGAGGUAACUCUGGGUCUUUCAUUCCUGUGGCGGUCCUCACGAGAGCCAGUUUCAUCAUACCGCUUGAUGGUUGUUGCGACUGCACUUGAAGAAACUUUCAAAGUUCUUGAAAAGUUCUGCAUUGACUGACCUUCAUGUCUUAAAGUAAUAACGGACUGUCGUUUCUCUUUGCUUAUUUGAGAUGUUCUUGCCAUAAUAUGGACUUAUCCCUAUUUGGUGAAAGACCAUCUUCUGUAUACCCGCCCUACCUUGUCACAACACAACUGAUUGGCUCAAACGCAUUAAGAAGGAAAGAAAUUCCACAAAUUAACUUUUAACAAGGCACACCUAUUAAUUGAAAUGCAUUCCAGGUGACUACUUCAUGAAGCUGGUUGAGAGAAUGCCAAGCAUGUGCAAAGCUGUCAUUAAGGCAAAGGGUGGCUAUUUGAAGAAUCUCAAAUAUAAAAUAUAUUUAGAUUUCUUUAACACUUUUUUUGGUUACUACAUGAUUUCAUAUGUGUUAUUUCAUAGUUUUCAUGUCUUCACUAUUAUUCUAGAAUGUAGAAAAUAGUAAAAAUAAAGAAAAACCCUUGAAUGGGUAGGUGUGUCAACCUUAGACUGGUACUGUGAAUGUGUAUACGUGUGUGUGUGUGUGUGUGUGUGUAUAUACAGUCGUGGCCAAAAGUUUUGAUAAUGACACAAAUAUUAAUUUUGACAAAGUCUGCUGCCUCAGUUUGUAUGAUGGCAAUUUGCAUAUACUCCAGAAUGUUAUGAAGAGUGAUCAGAUGAAUUGCAAUUAAUUGCAAAGUCCCUCUUUGCCAUGCAAAUGAACUGAAUCCCCCAAAAACAUUUCCACUGCAUUUCUGCAGAAGGCUUCAGGGCGCACAAGAUAGUCCAGCAAGCGCCAGGACUGUCUCCAAAAGUUGAUUCAGCUGCGGGAUCGGGGCACCACCAGUACAGAGCUUGCUCGGGAAUGGCAGCAGGCAGGUGUGAGUGCAUUUGCACGCACAGUGGGGUGAAGACUUGGCCUGGUGUCGAGAAGGGCAGCAAAGAAGCCACUUCUCUCCAGGAAAAACAUCAGGCACUGACUGAUAUUCUGCCAAAGGUACAGGGAUUGGACUGCUGGGGACUGGGGUAAAGUCAUUUUCUCUGAUGAAUCCCCUUUCCGAUUGUUUGGGGCAUCCGGAAAAAAGCUUGUCUGGAGAAGACACGGUGAGCGCUACCAUCAGUCCUGUGUCAUGCCAACAGUAAAUCAUCCUGAGACCAUUCAUGUGUGGGGUUGCUUCUCAGCCAAGGGAGUAGACUCACUCACAAUUUUGCCUAAGAACACAGCCAUGAAUAAAGAAUGGUACCAACACAUCCUCCGAGAGCAACUUCUCCCAACCAUCCAGGAACAGUUUGGUGACGAACAAUGCCUUUUCCAGCAUGAUGGAGCACCUUGCCAUAAGGCAAAAGUGAUAACGAAGUGGCUCGGGGAACCACACAUCGAUAUUUUGGGUCCAUGGCCAGGAAACUCCCCAGACCUUAAUCCCAUUGAGAACUUGUGGUCAAUCCUCAAGACGCGGGUGGACAAACAAAACCCACAAAUUCUGACAAACUCCAAGCAUUGAUUAUGCAAGAAUGGGCUGCCAUCAGUCAGGACGUGGCCCAGAAGUUAAUUGACAGCAUGCCAGGGCGGAUUGCAGAGGUCUUGAAAAAGAAGGGUCAACACUGCAAAUAUUGACUCUUUUGCAUCAACUUCAUGUAAUUGUCAAUAAAAGCCUUUGACACUUAUGAAAUGCUUGUAAUUAUACUUCAGUAUUCCAUAGUAACUGUUUGAAUGUUAAUAAUUACCCAUAACAGUAACAUCCAUAGUAACAUCUGACAGAAAUAUCUAAAAACACUGAAUGGAAAUUAAUAUUUGUGUCAUUCUCAAAACUUUUGGCCACGACUGUGUGUGUGUGUGUGUGUGUGUAUUCAGACCCCUUCCUUUGUUAAAUGUUGUUACGUUACAGCCUUAUUCUAAAAUGUUUUAAAUAAUUUAAUAAUAAUAACAAUCUACAAACAAUACCCCAUAAUGACAGUGAAACUUUUUUUGAGUCAUUUUUGUACAUUUAUAAAAGAUUAAAACAUACCUUAUGUACAUACGUUUUCAGACCCUUUGCUAUGAGCCUCGAAAUUGAGCUCCGGUGCAUCCUGUUUCCAUUGAUCGUCCUUGAUGUUUCUACAACUUGAUUGGAGUCCACCUGUGGUAAAUUGAAUUGGUUGCACAUGAUUUGGCAAGGCACACACCUGUCUAUAUAAGGUCCCAUAGUUGACAGUGCAAUCAGAGCAAAUACCAAGCCAUGAGGUUGAAGGAAUUGUCCGUAGAGCUAUGAGACAGGAUUGUGUCGAGGCGCAGAUCUGGGGAAGGAUAUCAAAAAAAAAUCUGUAGCGUUGAAGGUCCCCAAGAACACAGUGGCCUCCAUCAUUCUUAAAUGGAACAAGUUUGGAACCACCAAGACUCUUCUCAGCCAAACUGGGCAAUCGGGGGAGAAGAGCCUUGGUCAGGGAGGUGACCAAGAACCCGAUGGUCACUCUGAAAGAGCUCCAGAGUUAAUCUGUGGAGAUGGGAGAACCUUACAGAAGGAUAACCAUCUAUGCAGUACUCCACCAAUGAGGCCUUUGUGGUAGAGUGGCCAGACUGAAGCCACUCCUCAGUAAAAGGCACAUGACAGCCCGUUUGGAGUUUGCCAAAAGGCACCUAAAGACUCAGACAGUAAGAAAUAAGAUUCUCUGGUCUGAUAAACCCAAGAUUGAACUCUUUGGCCAAGACUCACACAGCCAAGACAACGCAGGAGUGGCUUCGGGACAAGUCUCUGAAUGUCCUUGAGUGGCCCAGCCAGAGCCCGGACUUGAACCCAAUCAAACAUCUUUGGAGAGACCUGAAAAUAGCUGUGCAGCGACGCUCCACAUCCAACCUGACAAAGCUUGAGAGGAUCUUCAUAGAAAAAUGGGAGAAACUCCCCAAAUACAGGUGUACCAAGCUUCUAGCGGCAUACCCAAGAAGACUCAAGACUAUUCUCUGCCAAGGUGCUUCAACAAAGUUCUGAGUGACGCGUCAGAAUACUUAUGUAAAUGUAAUAUUUUCAAGUUUUUUUUAAUUUGCAAAAAUGUCUAAACCUGUUUUUGGUUUGUCGUUAUGGGGUAUUGUGUGUAGAUUUGAUGAGGGAAAAAACGAUUUAAUCCGGUUUAGAAUAAGGCUGUAACAUAACAAAAUUUGGAAAAAGUCAAGGGGUCUAAAUACUUUCCGAAUGCACUAUAUGUCUUAAGAAUGUUCCUGUGUGGUAGAGAUGAAACAUAAAGAAGAGGAGGAUCUUUAUUCAGUGCUGCUGACAGAUGCAUGCUACUGUAGGCAAGGUCCCACGUACGUUGUCCACUGCCCAGAGGAAGACCCCUCGCCUGGCUAGAAGGAGGGAGGAAGAGAGGGGACUCUGGAAGGCAAAGAAGGGGCUUUGUCUCAAUCAGCAGACUCACUCUUCACAUUAUGUCUCUCUCGGAACCUGAAAUAGUCCUUCUCACCCUCAGAGAAGUGUGCGUGUGUUGCCAUCAGCCAUUGACUUACUCGGUGUCUCUCUAGCCACUCUGAGGUCAAGUGGUUUUAAUGCUUUUGUGUACAUUUUCUUCCCGUGUAUGUAUUCACUACUAUAACAUAUCUGUACAGUCCCUCAUCGCCAAAUGUAUAUACUGAAUGUAUUGUAUGGGGACAUAGAGGCAUCAAGUUUCAACCUAAAUAAAGUAGAGUUUGAGUCCAAA